UGGAAGCGGGGUGUAUUAUGUGAACACGCGUGGCGGGGGCGGGCAGCGUCCAAAGCAUGUCCGCUCUCUAAGUCUAACAUUUUUCAUCGGAUCUUCAAGAAACUUGCUGACAAUGUUUAUGGGCAUAUUAAUAUCUUAGCCAAGUUCGAUAACCAGCCAAAUUGUCCUAAGCACUCUUGGAUUAUGGCCCUUCAGUUACUUGAAAAACUGUGAAUUUAGCCUUGUCCGCUCUCUUAAGUUGAACAGUUUUCAUCGGAUCUUCACUAACUUUGCUGACAGUGUUUGUGGGCAUGUCUCGGCUAAGUUCAAUACCCAGCCUUGAAUUACUUAAAAAACUGCGAAUUUAGCCUUGUCCGCAGUCUAACAUGUCUUAGUCAAACAGUUUUCAUCCGAUCUUCAAUAAACUUGCUGACAAUGUUUGUGGGCAUAAUAUCUCGUCCAAGUACCACCCAAAUCACCCCAGGCACUCUUGGAUUAUGCCCCUUGAAUUAAGCCAAGUUCGAUGACAGGCGUAUUUUGUGACAAUCUAGCACUCUUGUUACUGUUUAUGAAAGAUAUGAAAGAAACGCUAUUUUUGUGUGCAUGAAAUGUUGUCAGAAGUGAACUUUGAAGUUUUAUAUACUUAACAAAACGAAACAAUCCUAGAAUUAAAGUAAUAUUUAUCCAUGCAAUUAUAAUUGAAUUAACUUACAUCUUGAUCUAAUUUCUAUAAUAGUACAAUGGUGAAUAAAUGUACAGUGGACAAAGUGACAUUACUUCUGGAUCAACCUUCAUUGUAUUUAAAAAGACUUUAAAAAAUGUUACAUUUCAAUUAAUGUAUCAGUACAGACUUACAUAAUAUGAUCUGUAAAAUCAUUUAAUUUCGUGGGCAUUAAAUUUCAUGAUUUUGGUCAAAACGGCAAUUUCGUGUGGAUGUGAAUUUGUGGAUUUCAACUUUUGAACAUAAAAUGAAUGGGAAUUUUUCUUUUUCAUUGGGAUCAAAUUCUGUGGAUUGACUCAACCACGAAAUCCACGAAAAUUAGUCCCCCACUAAUAUUAAUGAUUUCAAAGUAGUAUGUGUUUAAGAACAUGCACUGUGUACAUGCACUGUGUCCUACCGGAAUAUGUGUAUCUUAUUCAGGUCUAGGAUAUCUAUUAUACAGUUUUACAGACAUUCUACUGGACAAAGUAGCAAAUAUCAUCAUGGGAGAAAGCAAAGAUUCUGGAGACCAUAGACUUCUAGCUGGUGCAGUAAAAGCAGCAUCAUACAACAUGGUUCUUCAGUUGAUGCUGAGGAUUAUGACAUUUGCUAUAAAUGCCUUUGUACUGCGAUACAUCUCACGAGACAUGUUGGGUGUUGUUAAUGUCAGACUGACCUUAUUGUACUCUACAACAUUGUUCCUGGCAACAGAAGCAUUUGAUAAGGCUUGUCUCAGCAAACUCCAGGAACAUAAUUGGUCAAAAAUCAUCAAUCUUAUGUGGUGCACAGUUCCAGCUAGUAUGGUAGUCUCCUUUAUCCUGGGUUGGGCUUGGAUCUACCUGUUAGUGAACCCAGACUUGGACCUUGUACCUAAUUACAGUUUUGGUGUAGUUAGUUUUGCUGUAUCUACAGUGUUUGUAAUUCUCUCAAGACCUUUAUACAUAGUGGGUCAGAAGUGUAUGUUUGUUAAACUGAAGGUAUUGUCAGCAGGUAUUGCAGAAUUGUGUAAAUGUUUAUUGACUGUUGUUCUGGUCAUAUUUCUGCCACAACUGGGUCUCAUCAACUUUGCAAUUGCCCAGAUGGUAUAUGGUGUUGUGAUGAGUGGAGUGUAUUAUGCUUAUUUCAUAUUCUACAUCAACAAAUAUGGGAAGAAAGAUGACAGUUUUCCAUUUUCUUCUGUGAAACAGUUAUUGCCAUCAAAACAGAAAGAUUCUUCAUUUGUAGAUGUACAUCAAGCCUGGUUGACAUUCAGUAUCUUUAAACAAAGCUUUCUCAAACAGCUUCUUACUGAAGGUGAGAAGUAUGUGAUGACAAUAUUUGGAGUUUUAAGCUUUGCAGAUCAAGGUAUUUAUGAUAUAGUAAACAAUCUUGGUUCCAUGGCAGCAAGGUUUAUAUUCCAGCCUAUAGAGGAAAGUGGUUAUCUUUUCUUCUCACAGCUCUUAGUGAGAGGGGAACCAGUCAGCAAACAAAAACAGGAAUCGUGUCAGUUGGCUGUUGAUGUUCUGGGUUAUUUGUUAAAGCUGGUUAUAUUGAUUGGUAUCAUAAUCCUUUUUUUUGGUAUACCAUAUUCCUAUCUUGCUUUGGAUUUAUAUGGUGGGACCAUGCUGUCUUCUGGUUCAGGCCCAAUGUUACUACGCUGGUACUGCCUCUAUGUUCUAGUCAUUUCUGUAAAUGGGACAACAGAAUGUUUUGUGUUUGCUAUAAUGAGUAAAUCUCAGGUAGACAGAUAUAAUCGAAAGAUGGUAGUAUUUUCUGUGAUAUUUCUUCUCUCCUCACUGAUAUUGACUGCACAUCUAGGAAGUGUAGGGUUUAUUCUCGCCAACUGUCUCAACAUGGCUGCAAGGAUCCUACACAGUGUAUAUUACAUACAUGAGUAUUACAAGGACAGCCAGUAUAAACCAUUACAGAAUAUAUGUCCAUCUCCAUAUGUGAUUGGUGGUCUGAUAUUGUCCUUGUGUUUUACAAGUCUAUCUGAGAUGCAGUUUUGCUGUGACAGAGGAUACUUGUUCAGACUGCUACAUAUCUGUAUAGGUGGAGCAUGUUUGUGUUUAACCUUGACUAUUAUCUAUUUAAAAGAAACUGCUGUUGUCACAUUUGUAAAAGACCAAUACAAAUACAGACAUUAACAUUGAAAGCUCCAUGAAAAAUGUGGUUAUAAUGUACUGUACUGAUAUGUUGUAUUCUUGUUGCAUUUAAGGGAAUUAGGUCAUUUGUGAUAUGUCUAAAAGACACAAAGGUAUAGGCACAGACUGUACAUUUACAGUUUUGCUUUAAUAUGCUUAAUAUCUAAACAUGGAUUUAAUGGUAUUGAAGUUUAAUAAAGAAUAUGAAAUGUG